AUGCAAUUAUGUGAACACGAAACCAAGUCCGGAUUCAUGGCGACUAAACGUUCUACCAGAACGACGAAAAAGAAGAAGAAAAUUAUUUGUGCAAGAUGUCAGAAAGCUGGCCACAAAUCUCCAAACUGUAGAGCACCAACUCCAGUUUCAAAAGGAAAUUUGGCUCAAACAGAAUCUGAUAAUGAUGACUCGUGUUCCUUUACUGCAGUUCACUACGGAAAUCUUUCUUACGAAGAGGAAACAGCUUCAAGUACAACUCAUGUUACUAACAUAUCUCAAUCAGCUGAAACUGAAAUCUAUUGGAUUGACAAUGGUGCAUCUGAACAUAUUUCGAACAACAGGGAUCACUUUACAGACUUUCGUCCAACCAGUGGAUAUAUUUCUGGAAUAGCAUCUGGUGUUAUGGUGAAUGGGAAAGGAACUGUUGU